UUCCCCCGGCGCUCUCUGGUCCUCCCGUUCGACAGACAGCCCCAUCUUCUCGCGCAGCGCCAGCACCGUCUCCGAGACACCAUGGUGAAAGUAAAGGCCGGAAUCAACGGCUUUGGCCGUAUUGGGCGCCUGGUCACCAGGGCUGCUUUUAACUCUGGCAAAGUGGAUAUUGUCGCCAUCAAUGACCCCUUCAUUGACCUCAACUACAUGGUCUACAUGUUCCAGUACGACUCCACCCACGGCAAGUUCCACGGCACGGUCAAGGCAGAGAACGGGAAGCUUGUCAUCAAUGGCCAUCCCAUAACCAUCUUCCAGGAGCGAGAUCCCACCAAAAUCAAAUGGGGUGAAGCGGGUGCUGAUUACGUUGUGGAGUCCACUGGCGUCUUCACCACCCUGGAGAAGGCCGGGGCUCACCUAGAUGGGGGUGCCAAACGGGUCAUCAUCUCUGCCCCCUCUGCUGACGCCCCCAUGUUUGUGAUGGGCGUGAACCACGACAAGUACCAAAACAACCUCACCAUCGUCAGCAAUGCCUCCUGCACCACCAACUGCUUAGCCCCCCUGGCCAAGGUCAUCCAUGACAACUUUGGCAUCGUGGAGGGACUUAUGACCACAGUCCAUGCCGUCACCGCCACCCAGAAGACCGUGGAUGGCCCCUCUGGCAAGAUGUGGCGUGAUGGCCGUGGGGCUCUCCAGAACAUCAUCCCUGCGUCGACUGGCGCGGCCAAGGCCGUGGGCAAAGUCAUCCCCGAGCUGAACGGGAAGCUCACUGGCAUGGCCUUCCGUGUCCCCACCGCCAACGUGUCGGUGGUGGACCUGACCUGCCGCCUGGAGAAGCCGGCCAAGUAUGACGACAUCAAGAAGGUGGUGAAGCAGGCGGCGGAUGGCCCCCUCAAGGGCAUCCUGGGCUACACAGAGCACCAGGUUGUCUCCUCUGACUUCAACAGUGACACCCACUCUUCCACCUUCGAUGCUGGGGCUGGCAUCGCCCUCAACGACCACUUUGUAAAGCUCAUUGCCUGGUAUGACAAUGAAUUUGGCUACAGCAACAGGGUGGUGGACCUCAUGGCCCACAUGGCCACCAAGGAGUAAGAGCCCUGGACCACCAGCCCCAGCCAGAGCACAGAGAGAGGCCUCAGCUGCUGGGGUGUCCCUGCCUACUCAGUCCCCACCUCACUGAGAAUCUCUCCUCCCCAAGACAUAGCUUCCAUGCCAGAGCCCCUGAAGAACGGGAGGGGCCUAGGGAGCCCCACCUUGUCAUGUACCAUCAAUAAAGUUCCCUGUACUCA